CGGCGUCGUUCGUAUCGUGAGGACACCGGUCGCCAGGUAAGAGAGCUCGCUUAUCCGCUCCAUCCACUCGCUCCCACCUCCGACCCGGCUCGGCUCGCUUAUCCCCUCGAAGUAGCCCGUUCCUUCCUCUUCUCCUUUUUAGCCGCAUUUUUCCCGCUUGCGGCUAGUAAUAACCCGACGAACGGAGGGAAAGUUGCUCCUCCGUCUCCGCGGCAGUAUCUGCGGCCAGCGGCGGCCAGUAUCGUGGCCAACCAGAUCGUGAGACUCGGUCGCGCAGGGUGUCGCGCGCGCGCUGCAAGGUGAACGAGUCGCGGUGUGCCGUAGCGCCUGGAUACGUCGUGUGUGAGGGCCGCGCACACGGGAGUGGUGCACCUUCCGACGCGACAUCGCGCAUUCGUCGGGCACGAGUCGUCCGCGUUCACGCGACAUCGCGAGAUAUUCCAGGCGAUCAGAAGAUGGAGAUUCCUAUCACGCGCGCUGCCAUCAUUUGCCAUUAACGUUUUUUUUUUUCUCGUCAAAUCGUUAUUGCAUGCGCUAUCGCGGUGUGCGAUUGCGAAUGUGCGAUCGCGAUCGGUUGGUACCAGCCGAAGGGAGAUGCCUACGACACGGAUGGUGCACGUACGCGCGAUAAGUGCGGCUUCGCCGGCGAUGUGAAAGACUCGCCGAUGCAGCGCGUGGUAGAUGAUUACUGCUUCGCGGUGAUCGUCGAGAGAGCGAACGAAGCGAACGAAGAAAAAGAGGAAGAAGAAGAAGAAGUGGGAUCGAAAUAACAUCCGCUGCUUAUACGUCUACCUCUUACCCGCCGUGAUUUCCACGAGGUGAUCGGCCCACGGCCGCCGACAAGUGCGCCUAACGCGAGAUCGAUUCCUCGCGACGGACGCGCGCGCGUUUAACAGAAACGCGGACGCAGGAAGUGCAGCAGUUCGGCCGCAGCUUGCAACGCGCGCAGCUCGGAGAAAGGCACAGCCCGGUGGCGGGAUUAGGCGAAAAUUCCAGCCGAGUUCGUUAGGUUCUCUUUGUCUUUCUCUCUCUCUUUCUCUCUCUCUCUCUCUUUCUCUCCUUCUCUCGCUGUCCCUCUCAGGGGCUGCAGCGAAUUCGCCAAGGCGAGCGAGCGAGCGAGCGGGUGGUGUGUGCGCGUUGCGAAGUGGAGUGCACGUCGAUCGUGGAGACUUCAACGCGUGUGUGACACGCGCGCGCGGGCUCGUCGAUACAACGCGCGUCUUAUGAGUGAAGUGGAGUUCACGUUUGAUUUUUAGCGACCAGCGGAGCCAGUGUGCGAGCGAGAGGGGAAAUGCCUGCGUUGAAGCUCUUCGGGCGAAAAUGGUUGGCCGCAACCGACGAUCUCGUGUAUCCCGGCAUGUUCGAAUUAUUUAUCCGUAUUGUAUGGUUGACUCUCAUAGGAGUCGCCUGCGCGAGGUACUACGAAAACACGUGGAAUUGUCGAUUGGGAGGUGACUUGGUGCGCGCAUAUCUCAUAGGCGAAGCGGUCGUACUCAGUAUCGUCACGCUUUUGACACUCGUCAUCAUCAGGCAUAGCGCGAAAGGGGCCAUCAUGGACACGCAUGCCCGACGCUACGUUGAGCCGCUGCUGACGAUCAAGAUAUUAAUGUUGCUGCCGGAGAUCGGCUGGAAUGUUCUGGGUAGCCUGUGGAUUUUCGGACAGAACGUGGAGUGCGAACACGAACACUACUCCAUCACCGUCGUGGAGACUCUGGUGCUCUUCGACUGGAUCCUGAUAGGUCUCAGUAUCUUCGGCCUGGCCCUGGUAUUCGAUCCGAUCGGCUCUCUAGAGAAGAAACAGCUGGAAAGCUUAGUGGAGCACAGCAAGCACUCGCGCCUCUGGCUACGACGAUUCAAAUUCCUGUGGUGGAUGCGCAAGGACGAGAAGGCGAGCGAGACCUUUCAACAUGCCGCUGGUUUACUGAGUUCAUUAUUCCGAGGUACGGAUGUGGUACCGUCGGACGUGAUGGCGGGUUGUAUUCUGCUGAGAGUCCAGCAGAAGCGGGAAACUCACGAAUUGCGAAGGUUAAAUUUAAUUCCGCGCCUAAAAUAUACCUCAGACAGCACGGCGAUCUUUUCCAACACGCCCAACUGGAUGUCCUUGGAGGACGCUCAUCAUUUCAUGCAAUUGUCGAUCGCCGUCUACGGUUGGCUCUUCGUACUAUACCAGAAUAUAUGUACCGGGUGUUUCCGUUUGAUACGGGGUGUAACAUGCUGCGCUUGUUUCCGACGAAAACCUAACGUUAUUCUCGACGACAAUUGUUGCUUCUGUUACCUCUCUGGCGUGAAAUACUUAUCGAAAUUGCCCGAGGAGGACAUUCUAUUCGCCUCUUUCAAGAAUCAUUUGUGCGAGAUACCGUUUUGCGUGAUCGCAGAUCACAAGACUGCUAGUAUCGUCGUGGUUAUACGAGGGUCGUUAUCCUUACGGGACAUAAUUACUGACAUCGCAGCCGCGUCCGAUUCGUUCGAGUGUCCAGGCAUUCCUCCAGGUAGCACGGCGCAUAAGGGUAUGAUAAUAGGAGUGAAAAUACUAUUGAAGCAACUGAAACAUCAUAAAGUCUUGGAGAGAGCCUUCGCCACAUAUCCCGAUUACAAUCUAACGCUCACGGGUCACAGUUUAGGAGCCGGUUUAGCAGUUCUGCUAGGGUUACUAAUACGGCCCCGUUACCCGGAUCUGAGAGUCUACGCAUUUUCUACACCAGCUGGGCUGCUCAGCAGAGACGCUGCUAGGGUCACGGAAGAGUUUGUGCUAACCGUGGGACUCGGUGAUGAUCUUGUGAUGAGGAUGAGUGUAGAAAGUACAGAAAAUCUAAGAACAUCAUUAGUGACCAUCCUACGAGCUUGCCGGCUACCCAAGUACAGAGUAAUUCUGCAUGGAUUCGGAUACGCUUUGUUUGGAGUUCCUGAGAGAGACCUUACAAAAACGUGGGCUAACUAUAAUAUAGUCAGCACAAUUCCGGGCCACUCGCCUUUACUCGUCGGGUCCGACAUUAUAAGGGACGAGAAUAAUAAGAUAUUAGAACGUGACAUAACAAAAAGAAGAUAUUCGAAAGAGAAGCUGUUUACUGCUGGACGUAUACUUCAUAUAACGAGAUGCAAGCUCGAGAAAACGGAGGGAAAGAGCAAAAAAGAACUCGCAAAGGAAAGAAAAUACGAGAUGCGGUGGGCUCGGGCGGAAGAGUUCACGAAAAUGUCAGUAAUGCCGCGUAUGCUGCUAGAUCAUCUGCCAGAAAACAUAGAGCGUGCUCUGGCUACGUUGAAAGAGCAGCAGAAAGAUAUACCCUAUUUCUUCGAUCCUUAAUGUAAUCCAAAGAAACUAUUUUAGAAUUUUAAUAAAAAAUGUUCACAAAAAUCCAAACCUUCCUCCUUAUAACUUAUUUAUUCAAAUGUAUUCUUAAUGAACUAUGAUAUUAAAAUAUAUGCUUUUAUAUAA